CAGGGCACCGCCCUUGGCGCGCCAUGCUGUGGGCACUCCGCCUGGAGGGGAAGGCGCGCAGGGCGCAGCCGUGGCGGGUGGGGGGAAGGCGGAGGGCGCCAGGCGCGCCAGGAUUGGCGGGGGAGCCGCGGAUGGGCGCAAGCAGGCGGCGGGGGGGGCAGCUGAUCAUGGGGAUACUGCUGCUGCUGCUGCUGCUGCUGCGGCUGCGGCGGCUGCUGCAGGGGGGGAACGGGGAGAGGCUGGGAAGCUGGGUGUGAAUGGUGGCGGGGGUGGUGCUGGUGUGGGAAAGGCAUGGGGGGCCGGUGUGGGGGAGCGUGUGGGGGCAGGGGAGGAGGGGAAGGCGGAGGAGCAGGGGGGGUACGAGGUGCCGUACAUAGUGCAGCGGUUCAGAGCGGGAGUGGUAGACUGGCAUGACUACGUGCCGCAGCCCGUGCUGCCCUUGCUCUCCGACGACCCCCAGUACGUGCAGGUGAGGGAGGCGUACGGGCUGCAUCUGCUGGCGCAGGCGGAGGCCAAGGUGGCGCGCUUCUUUGCUGCCGACCCCUUCCGCCACACGUCGCACGGGCCACUGCUCGACCACAGUGCGUGCGGGGUUCUAUCAGACCCAUGUGCCGUGCACGCCUUGCAAUCCGACUGCCUGUGGGACGGCUUCUGUGCGUGGUGCGGCAGCACAGACGUGUGCGUGGAUAGAGCAUCACCCAUGGCUGCUGCCUGCUCGCCCCACCUGCACCACCGCGACCUCACUCCCUACCAAGACCGCAUCCUCAGGGAUGCAGCUAAAUAUGUGCGAGUGGCGGCAGGAGGGGAGAUGGAGCACCAUUCACCCGCCAAGCAAAAACCACCACCUGCCAAUGCUGCGGUGGCGGCGGCCGCUGCGGUGGCUGCUGCUGCUGCUGCUGCUGCUGCUACUGAGGCGGAGAGCAGCAGCAGCAGCACGAGCAGCAAUGGGAGCGCAGACACUUCGUGCAAGAUCAUCAUCCCCGGUCACUUCCAGUUCCUGACUCUGGACUACGAGGAGAUGUACUGGCACUGGCUGCUUGAGAACUUUGUGCCGCUGCUAGCAGACAUGCCCUAUGCCCGCCUCAGGGACAUGCGCACGCACUUCAUUCUCACGCGCAGCACCUCCACUCGCCACCUGCCUUUCCUCGGCCUCCUCUCCCAGUCGUGCUGGCGGUCGCUAGAGGACAUGCAGGAGGGCACGUGUCUGGUGGAGGAGACAAAGGAGGAGCAGCUGCGAUUCAACAUGGACCACCCCUCUGCUAUGGCCUCCGCUGCUGCCCGCCUCAUCGACCGCACUGCACCGCACUUCAUCGUUGACCGCCUCAAUCUCUCGCACAUCCCGGCACCGUCCAAGCCACAGGUUCUCCUGGUGGCGCGGCGGCGGCGCCGUCUCCUCCUGAACGAGGACUCAUUAGUAGCCGCCACGCGUGCCAUGGGCCUGCCCAUCUCCAUCGCCGUACUCGAAGAUCUCCCGCUCUACGAGCAGAUCCGGGCCGUCCGUUCCUGCGCCAUCCUCGUGGGAGUGCAUGGGUCUGGGCUCCUGAACUCCAUGUUCCUGCACCCCGGCAGCGUACUCAUUCAGAUCGUACCGUACAACACCACCGGUGCCGACCGCUUCUACGAGCCGCAGGUUCGGCAGGCCGGAGGUUCGUACAUGGAGGUCCGGGUGACGAACCGGAGCGACAGUGUGUUUCACUGGCACUUGGCGGAGGAUCAUGGGAGCAAGGUGGGGACGGCGGAGGAGAGAGAGCAGUUCCUGCAGCAAGGGCCGGACGUGCAGCGCGCCUCAGAUGUGUUUUUCAGCUUCUGGGUGAACCAGGAUGUGCAUGUGCCUGUGGGGGAGUAUAGGAGAGUUAUUGGUGAGGCUGUGGCUGCUUGGGAGCAAGGGCGGCAGCAGCAGAAGAAGCGGCAGCGGAGCGAGGAGCAGCAGAGGGCAGGCUGGGCGGAGGAGGAGGAGGAGGGGGAUGCAGGGGUUGCAGGUGGGGAAGGGCGUGGUGUUAGGGAGGGCAGGGCCGGCAAUAGAGAACAAGGAUAG